AUGGCAUCUUCAAGAUCAUCAUCGACUCCGAUCGACCCCCACAUUCUAGGCAACACAUAUCGCGACAAAGGCCUACUGAACGAGGCUGAACAGAUGUACACACAAGCCUUAGCCGAAAGGGAGGCAAAACUUGGACCAGAAAACGCCUCGACCAUCGACACCGUCAACAACCUAGGCGUCAUCUACUGCAGGAAGGGCAGACUGGAUGAGGCGGAGCGAAUGUAUACCAGGGCUCUGGCCGGAAGAGAGAAGAAUCUAGGCGCCGAACAUAUGGCAACCCUCGACACGGUCAAUAACCUUGCGAUCGUGUAUUGUUUACAAGGAAAUGUAGACAAGUCAGAAGAGAUCUUCCUGCGAGUCCUAUCUGGGCGGGAGAAGCAACUUGGAGAAAACCAUGCAUCAACCAUCGAUACCCUGAACAAUCUGGGAAAUCUGUACAUCGCACAGGAAAAGCUGGACAGGGCGGAAAUGAUGUAUCUACAGGUCUUGGCUAGGAAAGAGACGCUGGAAGCGGACGACGACGUCGCAACUCUCAACACUACCAACAAUCUUGGAAAUCUGUAUUAUUCCCAAGGAGAAUUUGACAAGGCAGAGCAGAUGUACAUGCGAGCCCUAGCGGGUACCGAGAAGGUGUUGGGAAAGGGCCACCCCUCAACAGUGGAAACUCUCAAUAGCCUCGGAAAGCUGUACGAUGCGCAGGGGAAUUUGGGGAUGUCAGAACGGAUGUAUGUACGGGCGCUGGAUGGGGCUGCGAAGGAUUUGGGCCCUGAUCACCCCUCGACAUCAGAGACGGUCAAUAAUCUUACCCGCCUAUAUUGCGCCAAUGGCAGGAUGGAUAUGGCGCGACAGUUGCAGGAGAGAUGGCUUCGUAUGUGA